AAUCUUUUUGGAGAGGGUCAGUCCCCAGUGUGUCUCGGUACUAGGCAUCAUGCAGACCCAAGAACAAGCAUAGAAACCACUCAGGACCAGAUAGGUCAUCCCCAUUCAUAACAAACUCCAUAAACUUCACCCAAAGCAUCAGCAUCACUGUUUUCCCAACAAUAAGUAAGAAAAUCACGCCAGACAAUGCUAUCACAUUCUGCCAUGGUCAAAGAGAGGAAGCAACAAGCAUCUGCCAUCAUGAAGGAAAUCCAGAGAAAUGAAUCACCUGGAAUAGACCUUGGAAAAAAGGUCAGCAUCCCUAGAGACAUCAUGUUGGAAGAAUUGUCAUUGCUUAGUAACAGAGGAGCACAGCUAUUCAAGAUGCGUCAAAGGAGAUCUGACAAAUACACAUAUGAAAAUCUUCACUUUUUAUCUAGCAAGCCAAGGAACCGCAGUGAGGUCAUACAGUGCAUUGAAAUGGAUGCUAGUGGCAUGGAAGCUGGCCAAGAACAUGCACCAACAACACCUCCUAAUACACCUGAUCCACGGAGCCCACCAAACCCUGAAACCAUUGCCCCAGGAUAUUCUGGACCACUGAAGACAAUCCCUCCCGAGAGGUUCAACACUACAUCCGUGCCAAAGUACUAUCAAUCACCUUGGAUAGAAGCCAUCAGCAAUGAUCCAGAGCUGUUGGAGGCUUUAUACCCUAAACUGUUUAAGCCAGAAGCAAGACCAGAGCUGCCCGACUUUAAGAGCUUUAACAGAGUUGCUACUCCUUUUGGUGGUUUUGAGAGAGCAUCGAAACUGGUUAAGUUCAAAGUACCAGAUUUCAACUUCCUGCUGCUAAAUGAUCCACGAUUCAUGGUCCUUGCCAAUCCUCUUUCUACCAGGCGGUCUUUCAACAGGACUCCUAAAGGAUGGACCUCUGAGAAUAUUCCCAUAAUGAUAACUAUACAGCCUACAGAGGCAAACGGCGUUCCAGAAACGGAUGAUCUGUGAAAAGAGUGGAGUGUCAAUCACACAUCAGAAUCAAUGUGGUGAUAUUCUGCUCUUUCAACAUGUGCUACAUCCUUUUCUUAUAACAACAUAUGAUGCUGUUAACUGUUUUCUGGAGUUAAGUUUCUUCUACAAAUGUAACAAAUAAAAUAACUUGGCCAUUACUCUUGAAAAA